AUGUCCGGAGAGACCAGGGCCACUCCUCUCCGUUUGGGGUCUAUUGCACCCAACUUCCAGGCGGAAACCACUAUCGGCCCCAUCGACUUUCAUAAGUGGGCAGGCAACGACUGGGUGAUUCUCUUCUCCCACCCCGAGGACUACACUCCGGUCUGCACCACCGAGCUGGCUGCGCUGGCCAAACAUGAACCCGAAUUCACCAAGCGCCACGUUAAGCUGAUUGGCCUCUCGGCCAACUCCAUCGAGUCGCACGAUGGCUGGAUUAACGACAUUUCCGAGAUCGCGGGAUGUCCCUUAACCUUUCCUGUCAUCGGCGAUAAGGAUCGCCAGAUUGCCUUAGCUUAUGACAUGUUGGAUUAUCAAGAUACCACUAAUGUGGAUGCCAGAGGAAUUGCCUACACCAUCCGGUCCGUCUUCAUCAUCGAUCCCAACAAGGUCAUCCGUCUGAUCCAGGCUUAUCCCGCCUCCACGGGUCGUAACACGGCCGAACUACUCCGCGUGGUGGACUCUUUACUGGCUACCGACCAGCAUGGAAUCAAUACCCCUGUCAACUGGCAGCCCGGUGACGAUGUGGUCGUCCCUGCUAAUAUUGGUGAUGAGGAUGCCAAGGCUCGAUUCCCGACUCUGCAAGAGGUCAAACCGUACCUGCGUUUCACCCCCUUGGCGAAAGAGAAGAUUCUCCCUCGUUGGUAA